CUAUUGACUAAUAAGCCUUAAUAAAUGAAAGAAGAAGAAGAGGACCUUCAAAUUUCCGAUGUCAAUUGUCAUUGUCAUUUCCUAAUGUUAUUUUUUCAAAUUCAUACUGAAUUGAAUUUGAAAAUUGUUGAAAUAUUCAUAAAAACAUGGCUUCACAUGGGUGUUGUGGUGAUAAAAAUCAUGAGAGUGUUCAUAAUCAUGAUGAAGAUUCUGCUGAAAUAGGAAUUGAAUAUAGCUUGUAUAACAAGAUUGAUAAGGAACAUCUAGAAUGCUUGAAUGAAACCAUUGAGGGUUCAGGAAAAACAAUUUUCAAAGCAUGGGAAGAUCGUCUGAAUUUUGAUAUUUUCGUAGAAUCUGAUGCUGAUGAAGAAUUAUUAUUCAACAUACCUUUUACUGGAAAUGUAAAAUUAAAAGGUAUCAAAGUCAUUGGUGAAGAUGCUGAGACCCAUCCAUCUAAGCUAAGGCUUUUCAAAAACAGGCCUUCAAUGACAUUUGAUGAUGUAUCUGCAGCAGCAGAUCAAGAAUUUGACUUAGCCAAAGAUAAAACUGGAGCUGUAGAAUAUUCAACUAAGGUUGUAACCUUCAGUAAUGUGUAUCAUCUGACUCUGCAUUUCCCAAGUAAUUUUGGUGGUGAGUCAACAAAGAUUUAUUACAUAGGUCUUAAGGGUGAAUUCAGUGAAGGGCAUCAUCAUGGUGUGACUAUUUGCACCUAUGAGGCAAGGGCAUUGCCCCAGGAUCACAAAAAUCCAUUAAAUGAAUAUAGUUCUUCCAGAGUAGGCCAAUGAUCUUCACAGUGAUUUUGUUAUCUAGAUACUGUUCUGUUAUAGUUCAAGCUUGUGAGUAUUUGAUAACUGAUAAUAAUUUAUUGAUUAAAAACACAGUUAAAAACCAUUAUUUGACACACAGUUGAAUGUUCCUUCCAAAGUUUGGAUGUUG